GUUCCAUUCUCAGCAGCAGAAAGGAACUUCAUUGCCAGACACCGCAAAUGAAGGAUACAUGCCAUAACACCAUAGCUGUGCCUUCCUCCAUUUCAGAAUCACAUGGAUUACUCUGUAAUGAGGGCCUUCUUCCUUCUGUGGUUAUAUCUGAAGGAUCCUGCAUGUCUCCUUCCAAAAGGACAUCCCAACAUAACUUGAUCCAAAGCCUGAAGGAAGAGCAUCUGAAAAGGGCAUGUGGUGACUAUCACCUAACUCCUGUCAGCCAAGAAGCUCUAAUUUGUCAGAUCAGAAAAGGAACACCAUUAAAACCAGUGGCUCAAAAUCAACCUCCCAAAGAUGAAGGAAUAGUAGCUGCACUUAAGGUUGUAAUUCAGAAGAGGCACAAAGCAAUACAUGCUUCAGAGUUUGAAUCUGACUUGGAGAAUGAAGAGGAAUGGGAUGAAUAAAAUACAGCUGUCAGAAGAAGCACUACUUGAUCUUUCUACUGUUUUAUAGCUUGACCUUUUAAC